UGAUCAGCUUUGCUCAUUCUGAUAACAUCAUUAGUUCUCUUUAUAUCAGCACGGAAGGAAAAUAAGGACUUUUCCCAAUUACUCGCCCAUACGGCCUCUCCUGAUUUAGUGUCCCGCAAUGGAAGGCGAUAAUUCCGCCGCGACUACCGCCGCGCCUCCCCCAGCGGCGGAAGCCGCCAGCCAUGCGGUUGCGGAGGGGCAGGUUGCUCCCGCCAGCGGUACCAGCGCGGAUGCAAGCGGUGCGAGCGCGGAUGCCGGCGCCCACGACACGUCGCCGCCUGGCGGACGGGGGGGCAACCGGCGGAGACAGCCGCGGGGGGGCAGAGGGCGCGGAAGGGGCGGAGCGGGCGGGGAAGGCGGAAGGGGCGACGGUCCCAGCCAUUCCGUCGGAAAUGCCGACAGCAGUGGCGGAAACGGCGGCGGCGGAGGCGGGUGCGGAGAUAUGGGGGAAGGCAGCGUGGCGGGGCACGGCGGCGGCGGGGGGGGCGCGCAGGUGGCGCAGUGCUCGUGCGUGUCGUUUUCCCCCGAGAUGCAGCGCGCGUUCUUCGAGCUGCACGCGCUGCGUCUAGGCACGGACAAGGCGACCUACGGGGACACGCUCGAGUGGCUGCUGACCGCCGCGAAACCCGCUAUCGAGCAGCUUAAAACGGGGACGGGGGGAGCGGCGGGGGGAGGGGGGGCUCAUUCCGGCGGCAGCGGAGACGUGGAAGGGCAGUAGCAGUGUGGCGCAGCUGUUUGUGUGACAGCAGUGCAAGUAGGUGGAGGAGGCAUGUGCGGGUGUGGGCGUGUGGGUGUGUGGACUCGUGAAUCCGUAACAGCGAAAGGAACGGAGUAGAUAGGGAUGCCACAAGGCUCUGAUGGUAAUGGGUCAAGGAGCAACACAGGAGCGAACCUCCUCGGGUUGUAGUGGGUUGGUUGGAAGCAAUGGCUUCGUUUCAUAGAGCAGAAGAAAGUAUGCUGCUGGGGCAGGUGCUGUGUGUUGCUCGUGGGAUCAUUCAGCCUUGUUUCUUACAACUGAGUUAUGGAGAUUCUUGCUAUUC